AUGAGAGAAGUUAUUAGUAUUAAUGUCGGCCAAGCUGGUUGUCAGAUAGGUAAUGCCUGUUGGGAGUUAUAUUCUUUAGAACAUGGUAUCCAACCAGACGGGUACUUACAAGAUGGUCUUGCUAGACCUAAGGGUGGUGAAGAAGGUUUCUCCACUUUCUUUUAUGAAACUGGUUCUGGUAAAUAUGUACCUAGAGCAGUAUACGUUGAUUUAGAACCUAAUGUGAUCGAUGAAGUCAGAAAUGGUGCAUACAGAGAUUUAUUCCAUCCUGAGCAAUUGAUUAGUGGUAAAGAAGAUGCUGCCAAUAACUACGCUCGUGGUCAUUAUACUGUUGGUAGAGAAUUACUAGACGAUAUCCUAGAUAGAAUUAGAAGAAUGGCAGACCAAUGUGAUGGUUUACAAGGUUUCCUAUUUACUCAUUCCUUGGGUGGUGGUACAGGUUCAGGUCUAGGUUCUUUACUACUUGAACAAUUAUCUGUUGAUUAUGGUAAGAAAUCUAAGUUGGAAUUUGCCGUUUACCCUGCCCCCCAAGUCUCUACAUCUGUUGUAGAACCAUACAAUACUGUGUUAACUACUCAUACCACUCUUGAACACGCAGAUUGUACCUUUAUGGUGGAUAAUGAGGCCAUUUACGAUAUGUGUAAACGUAAUUUGAACAUUGCUAGACCAAGUUUCUCAAACUUGAACACUUUGAUUGCCCAAGUUGUAUCCUCUGUCACUGCAUCAUUAAGAUUUGAUGGUUCUUUGAAUGUCGAUUUGAACGAAUUCCAAACGAACUUAGUCCCAUACCCAAGAAUUCAUUUCCCAUUAGUAUCAUAUGCUCCAAUUUUAUCGAGUAACAAAGCUCACCACGAAGCUAACUCCGUUUCUGAGAUUACAAAUGCUUGUUUCGAACCAGGUAACCAAAUGGUUAAAUGUGAUCCAACAACAGGUAAAUACAUGGCUACAUGUCUGCUAUACAGAGGUGAUGUUGUUACAAGAGAUGUUCAAGCUGCUGUUACUCAAGUGAAGAAUAAAAAGACUGUACAAAUGGUUGACUGGUGUCCAACCGGUUUUAAGAUUGGUAUCUGCUAUGAACCACCUACGGCCACUCCAGAUUCACAAUUGGCUCCUGUGGAUAGAGCCGUUUGUAUGCUAUCUAACACAACUGCCAUUGCCGACGCAUGGAAGAGAAUUGACUCAAAGUUCGAUCUAAUGUACGCUAAGCGUGCAUUCGUACAUUGGUAUGUUGGUGAAGGUAUGGAAGAAGGUGAAUUCACUGAAGCAAGAGAGGAUUUGGCUGCGCUGGAGAGGGAUUACAUUGAAGUUGGUUCUGAUUCUUACGCCGACGAAGAAUUCUAA